AUGGUGAAGAGCCCGCGGAAGAAGAUGAAGGAUGCGGACAGCCCGCUUCGGACCCCAACCCGGCCAGCCGGAAUCGAAGACGAUGAAAUGACGCCCAUCAAGACGCCGAGCCGGCGCUCGCCCCGCAAGGCGUCCACCCCCAAGACGUCGACGCCCACGCGCACCAAGGCCUGGGGAUCCCCGCGAAAGCUUUUCGACCUUGAAUCGCAGAUGAACGACUCCUGGGCCGACAUGAUGAACGCCGAGGGAGAGGAUUACCCGGCGCCAAGCAUGACUCAAUCCGAACCCCGCCGCCGAAAGGGCGCCGUCCCCAAGAAGGCCGGUACCCGCCCGAAGUUCGUGAAGAGCAUCGAGCUCACAGAUGCCCUACUCAGCCCCAAGCCAAGGCAGGCCGAACGUCCGCAGCCGCCGGUGUCCGCUUCAAACAACAGGAAACGUCAUUUGUCUACGGCUUCAUCGAUGGCCGAAGCCGAGGAGUUGGGAGCAUCACCCACCAAGAGGGCCAAUACCGGCACACCAAAUCGGGUACCAGCCAAGAAGAAGCACUUGUUUGCUGCCGACCAAGCCUCUCCAAGGUCUCCACAAAUUAAGGUGAAGGACAACUGGGCCGAGCCGAAGGCUGGCUGGUGCACCGAUGUUCUUGUCCUGGAGCGGCGCACAAAGGAGCUUGAGAAAGCGAAGGACAAGAGUGUAUAUAAGAGGUAUGCCGAAGAGGUACCGAAGACGGAUCGUGUCAAGGGUAUGCACCCGAAAACACCUAAUAAGUUGCUCAAUUAUUCGCGGAGAUCUUGGGACGUGCAGGUGCGCCGCUGGAAGCGCGAGCUCUACGUGUGGGCCGGCGAAGAGCCCACUGACUCGGCGAACAGCUCUUUCUGCUGCUCGGAUUCACCAUACUAUGCGGUGUAUGACGCCUCACCUUUCUGCCCCUACAUAUGUAAAGAUACGCAUUAUCCG